GUUUAUUUCCCGCGAACUUUGCAUCGUUACCAUAGCAAUGGAGGGAAGCGAGUGGAUUUUCAUACGUUUUCAGGUAAAAGCAGCUAGCUAGCUAACUAACUGACGUCUCCAAACAAAGACUGCUCGUUUGCUUAUCGUAGCUAGCUAGCUACGUGUUGUCUUGCUACUAUAGCUGCGUGCAUGUUGCUAGAAAGCAGCUUCAAAGCUAACUUUAGCUAGUGUUGGCUGAAGGCAGCAGCAACUGAGUAUAUGAUGCUUUCUAGCUAAAUACAGUACUGUAGCUAGCUACGGUCUCUGUUGUACAGGGUUGUAUGCACACAUUGUAUGUAGCUAGCCUUUUAUGAGUAGUGUAGAUUCCCUGUGUGUGAAUGUACUCUACCAAAUGGUCUGGACCUUUAUGGCACAGUAGGAAAGUGUACAACAUGCUCUGUAACAUACAGUACAGUAGCUAACGUUAGUUGCUUGUUCAUGCCCUAGCUGUACCCCUCUUGCUCUAAAGGGUAGAUUAUCCCAGAAGCCUCCUUCAUUUGAUGGAAGUGUUUCCAUUUGCAUUGGGAAUAGAGGCUUCUCCGGAGAGGUGGAAUAAUGUGGUCAAUGGCCAUCCUGUAUACAACAGCCCCUGCCAAGAGGUCUGGAGGGACCUUCAUGGCAGAGGUGGUAAUAUGCUCUCCCUGUUCCUGAAGGGUUGUUGGUUCAAACUCCGCUCCAGUUGUCAAUUGCUACACUACUACUAGCUAACACGUUUAAUGUCACCAGGUUUUGUAGCUAACACUAACAGACAGUGGUCACCUCAUCCCCCAGGCACACGCUCGUGGAUAUCUGGUGAGAAAGGAGAUCAACUGUGCGCGUUCAGAGUUUGAGGACAUUGUGAGAGAUAUCGACGGAGACGUGAACCAUUUAGACUGGAAGGGGAACAUAAUUGCCAUUCCUCACUUCAAAGACAUUGUAAGUAUUUUAGGGUUUCAAACUAAAUGUUAUUGGACGUGUACACAUAUUUUGCAGAUGUAAUCGCGGAUGUAGCGAAACGCUUACAGUGCAUUCGUAAAGUAUUCAGACCCCUUGACUUUUUCCCUCAUCAAUCUACACACACUAUUCGAUAAUGACAAAGCAAAAACAGGUUUAGACAUUUUUGCAAAUGUAUUACAAAGUAAACUGAAAUCACAUUUACACAAGUAUUCAGACCCUUUACUCAGUACUUUGUUGAAGCACCUUUGACAGUGAUUACAGCCUUGAGUCUUCUUGGGUAUCAUGCUACAAGCUUGGCUCACCUGUAUUUUGGGAGUGUCUCCCAUUCUUCUCUGCAGAUCCUCUCAAGCUCUGUCAGUUUGGAUGGGGAGCGUUGCUGCACAGAUAUUUUCAGGUCUCUCCAGAGAUGUUAGAUAGGGUUCAAGUCCGGGCUCUAGCUGGGCCCCUCAAGGACAUUCAGAGACUUGUCCCGAAGCCACUCCUGCGUUGUCUUGGCUGUGUGCUUAGGGCCGUUCGCCCCAGUCUGAGGUCCUGAGUGCUCUGGAACAGGUUAUCAUCAAGGAUCUCUCUGUACUUUGCUCCAUUCAUCUUUCCCUCGAUCCUGACUAGUCUCCCAGUCCCUGCCGCUGAAAAACAUCCUCACAGCAUUAUGCUGCCACCGCUAUGUAUCACCGUAGGGAUGGUGCCAGGUUUCCUCCAGACGUGAUGCUUGGCAUUCAGGCCAAAGAGUUCAAUCUUGGUUUCAUCAGACCAGAGAAUCUUGUUUCUCAUGGUCUGAGAGUCAAUUAGGUGCCUUUUCGUAAACUCCAAGUGGGCUGUCAUGUGCCUUUUACUGAUGAGUGGCUUCCUUCUGUCCACUCUACCAUAAAGGCCUGAUUGGUGGAGUGCUGCAGAGAUUGUUGUCCUUCUGGAAGGUUCUACCAUCUCCACAGAGGAACUCUGGAGCUCUAUCAGAGUAACCAUUGGGUUCUUGGUCACCUCCCUGACCAAGGCCCUUCUCCCCCGAUUGCGCAGUUUGGCCGGGCGGCCAGCUCUAGCAAGAGUCUUUGUGGUUCCAAACUUCUUCCAUUUAAAAAUGAUGGAGGCCACGGUGUUCUUGGGGAAAUUCAAUGCUGCAGACAUUUUUUGGUACACUUCCAUAGAUCUGUGCCUAGACACAAUCCUGUCUCGGCGCUCUACGGACAAUUCAUUCGACACCAUGGCUUGGUUUUUGCUCUGACAUGCACUGUCAACUGUGGGACCUUAUAUAGACAGGUGUGUGCCUUUCCAAAUCAUGUUCAAUGAACUGAAUUUACCACAGGUGGACUCCAAUCAAGUUGUGGAAACAUCUCAAGGAUGAUCAAUGGAAACAGGAUGCACCUUUCAAGUCUCAUAGCAAAGGGUCUGAAUACUUAUGUAAAUAAGGUAUUUCAGUUUUUUAUAUUUAAUACAUUCGCAAAAAUGUCUAAGUCUGAUUUUGCUUUGUCAUUAUGGGUUAUUGUGUGUAGAUUGAUGAGAUUUUUCAUUUAUUUUUUGAUCCAUUUUAGAAUAAGGCUAUAACGUAACAAAAUGUGGAAAAAGUCAAGGGUUAUGAAUACUUUACGAAUGCACUGGAUGUUCCUAGAUUCAACAGUGCAGUAAUAGCUAACAAUACAAAACAAUACACAAACAAACAAAAGCAACUAAGAAAUAUAGAAAUAUUAGAAUGAGCCAUGUCAGAGUCCGGAAUAUAAAUAUGUAUAUGAUGGUGUGUAUAGACAUUAUGGACAGGAUAUGAAUAGAAAAGGUGUGUACAGCAGUAGUUAUAAAGGAUGAGCCUUCACUAGAAUACAGUAUAUACAUAUGAAGUGGGUAAAACAAUAUGUAAACAUUAUUAAAGUGACCAGUGUUCAAUGACUAUGUACAUAGGGCAGCAGUCUCUAAGGUGAAGGGUGGAGUACCGGGUGGUAGCCGGCUAGUAACAGUGACUAAAGUUCAGGGCAGGGUACUGGGCGGAGGCUGGCUAUUGGUGACUAUUUAACAGUCGGAUGGCCUGAAAAUAGAAGCUGUUUUUCAACCUCUCGGUCCCAGCUUUGAUGCACCUGUACUGUCUCCACCUUCUAGAUGGUAGCGGGGUGAACAAGCCGUGGCUCAGGUGGCUGAAGUCCUUGAUGAGUUUGCCCUUCUCUCGAAGACCAUAAGUUCUGCUUGUCAUUUUCUGCACAGUUUGUGUAUCUAACAAAUGUUAUUGUACUCUACCAUACAGGAAAGCCCAUUGCAAAACUCUGGUAUCUUCACCAAAAAACAUGCGGAAGAAGCACCAGACAGGGGAAGCCAUCCUCUGGAGCAGCCAGGGGAGAGAAAAGGGGCACAGCUUAUGUCAGAUAGGAUAGAACCAGAGAGAGACGACCCCCACAGCCAUGGACUAGCAUCCAUCUCCAGGGGCUCCUCCAGUCCUCCUUCUUUUCCACCUGGGGGUGAGGGGGAGACUGAGAGCAGUCAGGGGGAGCUGCUGGAUGGAGGAUGCAUGCUGGAGAGCACAGGGGGUGCGACCACUGUCUGGAGCAGUCUGGGUCUAGAUGUGAGCUAUGGUCGUUUUCAGAAAGGUAAAGUGUGCGUGGAUCAAAUCAAAGUUUAUUGGUCGCGUACACAGAUUUGUGUGUGUGUGAAUCCAAAGAUUUGAAAGAUCUUUCUCUCUCUGAUGCUUGUUUUUAGAAACGUUAUACUAAUUGUUUUUAGGUCAUGUAAGUUAAUGACUUGCUCUGAACGUGUCUGGCCUUUCCCAGGUUCCCAGCAGUGGCGUAGUCUGGCCCAGGACGUGCCCCAUACCCCUGAAGCCUUGCAGCUACACAGGAACACUCUGACCAUGGAGAUGCUGUGGCUUCAACAAGCUAUUGCCAGCCGUAAAAAAGUGAAAGCCGUUUUCUCUAAUAUUAUGUCAUUGUCGCAUCGUUUUCAUUGAUUGUGUUGAAGAAUAAGACCAAUAUUCAAUGCAAGGUUAACAAUUACAUUCUCUCUCUCUCUCUCUCUCUCUCUCUCUCUCUGUCUCUCUCUCUCUCUCUCUGUCUCUCUCUCUCUCUCUCUGUGUCUCUCUCUCUGUCUCUCUUUCUCUUUCUCUUGCUCUCAGUACCUGUCACUGAAAGAGAGACUGAAUAUGUCCUAAUGGCAGAGGACCAAGGAGAGGAUGUUGCUCUAAACUGGACAUUGAUUUGUAGGACUGAAUCUUUCCCCAUGUUGAUAAAUGAAAUUAUGUAAGGAUAAAUUAAAUGAUACCCCUCCCGGUCGGGGAUAGCUAGAUUAAUUUAUUUGGUAUCUGAUUAUUUAUGUAUCACAUUUUUGGGGUAUUUAUUCAAGAUGUGUAUGAGUGGCACAGAGUGAAUGUUUGGGGAAA